AUGAAGUACAAGCUCACUAAACAGAUACUGGACACCAUUGGGUCUAAAUUCCCAGAAAACCUGGAACAAUUCAAACAACAAGGCUGGAUAUCGCAUAACGACCUUGUUUGUCUCAUUAAAUCGUCCAAUGAAUCUUUCCUUAAAGACCUUAGUGUCUACAAAGACCAGCCGGUUCAACCUCCCAAAUCGCCAGAAUUCCUCAAACACAUGCAACAAUUACGUGCAAAACAGCAGGAGCAGGAGUAUCAGCGAAUGGUGGCCCCGGUCAGCGGAACAGCUACAAAUAUGUCCUUUUCCAAGGAGGCCAAGGAGGUGAAGCACCAGAUCACCACAAUCAUCAACAUCCUGAUCAGCGUGGUUUCCGUCGCCUACGCCCUGUGGUACUGGACAGGCUCGGUGACGAUUUUCAACGACGCGUCCCGGGUGCUCAUUGCCCUGUUUGGAGCCAUCCUCCUCGUGCGAACGUCCUGGUACUCCACGAAGAACUCGCCGCUGUUGUGUCUCUCGUGCGGUGUCAAAUUGCAGUUCGAACACGAGGACAAAAUCGGUUUCACCCAUUACGAUGAGAACGACAAGGGCUCCAAGAAACCCACCACGAUUACAGAUUAUUUCGGCCUAACGCGUGAAGAAAUGCUCUCAAAAAACUUCAGAAUAUACUACGGUAAUCUCCCUGAGAAACACGAGUAUUACAAAACCAAGGGAUCGGGCAGAAAACCUGUGUGUUUGCGAUGCUGGGAAGCCGUCCAUCAAAAUGUCUACAAAAAGGAAGACCAUCCGUUUGUCCCUGUGGAGCAAGCUCUCAAGCAAAUACCAAAGACAGCCAAGGUUGUCCAUGUUGUCUCUGCUCAGGACUUCCCUCUGUCUGUCAGUAACAAAGUGAUAGGGCACUUUGGAAAGGAUAAUGUCUGGGUCGUUGUCAACAAGAUGGACCUUCUUUUCACUGGGACCUCGUUUCUGGACUCGUAUGGAGGCAAGUAUUUUGGCAAGAUAAUCAGAAAGAUGACAGGAGUUGACAGGGACAGAGUGAUUUGUGUGAGUUCGAAAACUGGGGCUGGAAUCAACGAGCUUGACAAGCGGCUACCACAGGGUACAUUGUAUUUUGUUGGAGAAACAAACACAGGGAAAAGCAGUCUAGUGCGCAAACUUGCAGAACACCAGAAAGAGAGAAAGCACGGGUCAAAGAUGGUCCUGCCACAGGCAAUUAGCUGGCCCCUAUUCACCAGAAGCCUUUACCGGGUUCCUCUGGAGCAACGUAAGAGUCAUUUGAUUGACACCCCUGGGUACACUGCACCAGAUGGAGGAAUUUACAAAUAUGCCAAGAACGAGAAACUCCAGGGCAUCAGCACCAUCAAACGGAGUCCGUCAGAGCUCCCUCGCAAACACCAGUUGAGAUCUAUUCUAUGCCGGAGCCCACGGUUCUUUUCAGGCAAAACAGUUUUCAGCGUGGGCGGUAUGUUUUUCAUGCGUCCGCCGAAAGGGUAUGGUCUGCGGGUGAAUAGCUGUCUGUCUGGCAAAGAGCUGAGAUUUACAGACCUCAAUUCGGGAGUCAACGCUUUAACAGUGCACGGACCUGAAUUUAGAGAGAACUUUGUGGUUUCCAGUGCUGCCGCUGGAGAGCUGUCUCGGUACGUGAUUCCUGCGUUUUUUGGAGCCGUGGACAUUGUGAUUCGAGGAGUUGGCUUUUUGUCAUUUGCCCCGACCGGAAAGCUGUGUGAGAAUGAAAUUUUUGACAUAUGGGUGCCCAAAGGUCUAGAGGUGAUUAUCAGAGAGAAUAUCUUCAACUACAUCUACAAACGGCCACAGGAAGUGCCUGGAGGCGACAAGAAGGUCAAUUUAUACCGAAAGGUGCCUAACGACAGACUAAUUUACACUCGACUGAUCCCCGUCCCCGAGGACAGGUCUACUGAGCAGGUGCUCAAGGACAUCGAUCCGGAUGGAACCAUCCGCAAAGAGCUUGCGAGCGCGCCAGUGGAGCGGAAAUUCUCAAACCCAGGCUUUUCCAAGAUGGUGCAAAAUCCCUUGCCUGGAGUGAAACCGGCCAAUGAAACGAAGGCAUCCACCUCUUUGAAGGAGCUGCUAGAAGCCUCUCGAAAUCUGCCGAAACGGCUCAACGACGUGGGCACCAUUCAUUUGGGACUCAACGAAAUCAAACGCAAGGCUUUUGAGUUGAGAAAGUACAACAAAACAGACUCGGACUCAAACCCAUACACCAAGGCUCACUACCUGCUUGUUGGGAGUGGGUUCACUAUUGAAGAGAUCCAGAGCGAGCUCGAUUCGAUCGAUGUUCGUCAAUUGGACUCGACUCAUGUUUCGAACGUUGUCAACAUGGGCGACAUCGAGAGCUACAUUAGCAGCCGCAAGGACGAGACCAUUCUGGCGGCUAUUGAACAGUCGUUGAGCACAGCCGCUCGUGACUUUGACUCGUAUGUCAACAAGAACAUAACUAUAGACUGGACGCAGAGAAAGAAGGAGCUCCAAAACUCGCUUUCCACUCUCUUGAAAAGAACCCAACCAGGAACGCACCGGUCGUCGUCUCCAGAAAAGAAACUGAAAGCUACAGAUAGCAGUCUGGACAAGCAACUGAUAUGGAACAACACAAAGAACAAGCACAUUCUGUCGUCCAAGCUCGAAUUCACCGACGUGAAACUGUCAGAGUCGAGAGCGUCCAACCCAACAGCCUCUUACGGACUGAGACAGAAGUUCGAGCUGUAUGCGCAUGUGAUUUACGAGCUCAACGAUGCCAGAGAGGCAGGCCAGUCGUACCCAUUAGCAACUGUGUUUGCCGAUUUGUCGAAGCAGGAGCUGGGAUCGAGAUCUAAGCAACUAAACGAAACAUGGCUCAUUCUUAGAGAUUUCUGCGAGACAGAAGACCCGAAAUCUGGCCAAGCGUUUGAAAGAAGGUUUGCCAAAGGCCAUUGUUCCAACUCUCUCACCGACUUUGACUCUCUCACGCUGCGUAAAAGAAUCGUCUCCCGCAGCAGAUACUUCCUGGAGUCUCAAUUUUUGGACUACAUUGGUGAGCUCUACUUCAAGUCGGACACUGCCGCUUCUUCAGACCAGUUGGUUUCCAACGUGACCAAAGUGAAAAACUUUCUGGACCUCACAUUGAAGGGAAAGAACAAAGAGUGGAGAGUUCCAAACCUCACGUUUGUGAACGGGAACCCAAUCUGGGCUGUUUUGUUCUAUCUUUUGCGUGCGGGUUGUUACGAGGACGCAAUUGAGCUGGUGACGGAGUCGAACGACUCGUUCCAGAAACUCGAGCGCUCGUUCCCGCUCUACUUGAAGAGCUACUGUCAGUCUUCCGACAAGAGAUUAUCGCGUGAACUGCAAGGAAGAAUAGUCAACGAGUUCAACCAAUACUUCAAGCAUUUCAGCAAAGACACAGACCCAUUCAGAUACGCCGUUUACAAGCUGAUUGGCAAAUGCGAUCUUAGCAAGAAGAACCUUCCAUCAAUCACUCUGAGUAUCGAGGACUGGAUCUGGUUCCAUUUAUCGCUGAUACAAGAAGACGAUUUUGACGACGACGAACUAAUUUCCGAGUUUUACACUUUGAGCGACUUCCAGCAGUCAAUUCUCCAAUUUGGUGCCGAUUCGUUCAACGCUUCUGCAAACAACCCAAUGUACCUGCAAGCACUAAUUCUGACGGGUCUUUACGAGAACGCCGUCAAGUAUCUAUUUGAGACCAGCGAGAUCGAUGCUGUUCAUUUGGCUAUCACUUUGGCAUACUUUGGUCUCUUGAGAGUGUCAGAGGACAAGCCCCAGGAAGCAGAGAAGCUUCUGAAUGUUGAUUCGGACGGGUUCACUUCCAUAUCCUACGCCAGACUGCUUGGGUUCUACACGAGCAGCUUCAAGAUCUCCGACCCGCGCGUGGCAGCAGAGUACCUGUUCUGUAUCUGUCUAUGCGAUGGUCUGAAACCUGCGUUGCGCCAGACCCAGAUCGCGAUUGGCCAAGAGGCUAUUCGGGAGCUGGUUCUGGAAACCAGAGAGUUUGUUAUGCUACUUGGAAAGAUCGACAAGGAUGGAACCCGGUCGCCUGGAAUAAUCGAGCAGCGCAAGAAGCUGCUUUAUUUGGAUGACAAAGAGAGUUAUUUACACAAAAUUGCAGAACAGGCUGCUGUGAAAGCGGACGAAGAGAGCAGACCUUUCGACUGCAUUCUGCUGUACCAAUUGAGCGAGGACUAUGACAUGGUGAUCACUUUGGUGAACCGUGUGCUUGCGGAGUUUUUGAUCUCGAUUGAUCUCAAGACUCCAAUCGACGAUAUUUUGGACCAGGAUCUGAUCCAAGGAGAGACCAACAUUGUGAAGCUGGCACAGAGACUGAUGAAGAUCCAUUCUGCCUCGCCAACGAUUUUGGGCAAGGUUUCUGUGAAACAGCGGGAAACGUGCAGCACUCUGCUGGACAUGGUGGAGAUCAGACGGCAGUUCACGACGGCCAACCCGGACUAUGCUGCGUUGUUGAUCAAGAUCGAGCAACUGAACGUGAUUCCGUGCUCUGCCACCAUCGAGCUGGAGAAGAUCAGAGCCAAGUCGCAGGAACUCAAAACCAUUAGUGAAGCCAUCACCAAGAACGUGCCAAACUUGCUGGUGAUCGAGAUGAGCUGCAUUGCCCAACUGUUCUACGAACUGUCGCAGGGAUACGACUCGAACGUACUCAAGGUUCCCCAGCUCAGCUCGCCCAAUGCUUCCAAGGAAGACAGACUAGUCACGCUCCGCCAAAUGUCUCGGAACUCGUUCGGCUUGGACUCAUGGUCGCUUUCGUCAGAGGACGAAGAGGACGACGACGACGAUUCCGACUCGGACUCUUCCUCCUCCACCUCGUACUGCUCCUCGUCAUGCGGAUGA